AUGGAGUAUCAACGCUUAGGAAAAUCGGGCCUCAGGGUCUCCAAAAUCAUCCUCGGAUGCAUGUCGUACGGCUCACCCCUAUGGGGCGCCUCUAGCUGGGUUCUUCCAGAGGAAGAGUCCCUCCCUCUCAUGAAAGCCGCAUAUGAUGCCGGGAUUAAUACGUGGGAUACGGCAGACGUUUACUCCAACGGCGAAUCUGAGAAGCUCGUUCACACCGCUAUGGAAAAAUACUCCAUCCCUCGUUCUAAGGUUGUCAUUAUGACUAAAAUUUUCGGUGUUGUUGAUGAAUCUGACAUUGCCAAUCGUGUCAACAAUCCCGCGCCCAAUGAAUGGGUCAACGAGCAUGGCCUGUCCCGUAAACACAUUAUGACGGCGGUCGAGAACAGCGUCAAGCGACUGGGAACAUAUAUCGAUGUGUUGCAGAUUCACAGGCUGGACCAUGAAACCGAGAGCGAGGAGAUAAUGCGUGCCUUGCAUGAUGUCGUGCAGUCCGGACAGGUGCGGUACAUUGGUGCCUCGUCCAUGCGCGCACACGAAUUCGCUACACUCCAAUACACGGCCAUCCUCCACAACUGGACGCCUUUCAUCUCCAUGCAGCCAUUCUACAACCUCCUAUACCGCGAGGAAGAGCGCGAGAUGCUGCCCUUCUGCCGCAAAACCGGCGUAGGCAUCAUUCCCUGGUCGCCACUCUCGCGCGGCGUCCUCGCAAGGCCGUACCCCGCCGACCCGACCGCUGGGACGACCCGCGAGCAGUCGGAUCAGGUGCUGCAGGCGCUGAAGGGACGAGAGCAGCAAAUCGACCGUGAGAUUGUUGGGCGCGUCGAGUCCGUGGCAAAGAAGCGUAGUGUGAGCAUGGCCAUCGUCGGCCUGGCGUGGGUGCUAUCAAAAGGGUGCUGUCCAAUUGUCGGGCUGGGGAGCGAGAAGCGUAUCGCGGAGGCAGUAGAGUCGCUCAAGUUUGUGUUGACUGAAGACGAGAAGAAGUACUUGGAGGAGGCGUACCAUUCCAAGGAGGUGUUUGGACAUGCGUAA